CCUCCCGCCGUGCCGGCCGGGACGGUGUGCCAGGAGAGGAGGGUGUUCCCGGCUGAGUGCCGCGGGAUGCGCAGCACCUACCGCGGCCGGAUCACGGCUGACAUUAGCUGGUCAGUGAAUGACAUGCCACAAGGAACUAUCAAACAGCCCUUAGGGUACAUUCCAAUCAUGGUGAAGUCCAAAUUGUGCAACCUCUGUGGUUUUUCUCCACAAGACCUUAUGCAGCACCAUGAGGAAGAAGAGGAAAUGGGAGGCUACUUUAUAAUCAAUGGCUUAGAAAAAGUAAUCAGGAUGCUGAUUAUGCCCAGGCGAAACUUCCCUCUUGCGAUGACAAGACACAAGUGGAAAAACAGAGGCCCUGGUUUCACAGAGUAUGGGGUUGUGAUGCACUGUGUCAAGGAUGAGCAUACUGCAAUAAAUAUGAACCUUCACUACUUGGAAAAUGGCUGUGUCAUGGUGAAUUUCAUUUUUCACAAAGAGUUGUUCUUCCUCCCCUUGGGAUUUGCUCUGAAGGCAUUAGUUAAUUUCCCAGACUACCGGAUUUUUGAAGAGCUGGUGAAAGGAAGGGAAGAUGACUCCUUUUUUGGGAACUGUGUUACUGAGAUGCUGAGGGCAGUGGUGGAUGCUGGCUGUUUGACACAGCAAAACGUCCUGGAUUACCUGGGAAAGAGCUUCAGAGUGAAACUCAACCUGCCCGAGUGGUACAGCAAUGAACAGGCUGCAGAUUUCAUUUUGAGCAAUUGUAUCUGCAUUCACCUGACCAAUAGAACUGAAAAAUUCUACCUGCUCUGUAUGAUGACCCAGAAGCUCUAUGCUUUUGCCAAAGGGGAGUGCAUGGAGGAUAAUCCAGACAGUCUCAUGAAUCAUGAGGUGCUUACCCCAGGACAGCUUUUCCUUAUGUUCUUAAAGGAGAGGCUUGAAACCUGGCUGCAGUCUGUUAGGUUUGUUUUGGAGAAAAGAGCAGAAAAGGCAGAUAUCAGCCUGAAUACAGACAGCCUGGUGAAAGCAUUCAGCCUGGCACCAGACUUCACCAAGCCAUUUGAGUACCUGCUUGCAACUGGUAAUCUGCGGUCUAAAACAGGGCUGGGCAUGUUGCAGGCCAGUGGUCUCUGUGUGGUGGGGGACAAGCUGAAUUUCAUCCGCUACCUCUCCCACUUCCGCUGCAUACACAGAGGGGCAGCGUUUUCCCAGAUGAGGACCACGACUGUCCGCAAGCUGCUGCCCGAAUCCUGGGGCUUCCUGUGCCCCGUGGACACCCCAGAUGGAGAGCCCUGUGGGCUGAUGAACCACAUGACAGCUCUGUGUGAAAUCGUUACCGAGAUGGUGCCUGUGAUGGACAUUCCACCUUUGUUAUGUUCCCUGGGUGUCACCCCCAUUGAUGCAGCUCCAAGCCAGCCUUACUCAGAGUGCUACAGAGUUGUCCUGGAUGGCUCCAUGGUGGGCUGGGUGGAGCGGGAGUUGGCUCCUGAGAUUGCACAAACCCUGCGCCGUUUCAAGAUAACACAAGAGAAGAGAUUUCCUGCACGGGCAGAAGUGGUCCUUAUCCCAAUGACAGGAAAAGCCAGCCUGUAUCCUGGGCUGUUUGUUUUCACUAACCCUUGCCGGAUGGUGCGGCCUGUCAGGAACCUGUCCUAUGGAAGCAAUGAAUGGAUUGGGACUCUGGAACAGAUCUUCAUGAACGUGGCCACAGUGGAGUCAGAGGUGGUGCCUGGAGUGACCACUCACCAGGAACUCUUCCCUCACAGCAUUUUGAGCGUGGUGGCCAAUCUCAUUCCCUUCUCCGACCACAACCAAAGUCCACGGAACAUGUACCAGUGCCAGAUGGGAAAGCAGACCAUGGGGUUUCCUGUUUAUAACUACAAGGAUCGCUCGGAUAACAAACUGUACCACCUACACACCCCCCAGAGCCCUCUGGUGAGGCCCAGCAUGUAUGACUAUUAUGGGAUGGACAGCUAUCCUGUUGGCACCAACUCCAUUGUGGCUGUCAUCUCCUACAGUGGCUAUGACAUGGAAGAUGCAAUGAUCAUAAAUAAAUCUUCCUGGCAGAGAGGAUUUGCUUAUGGAAGUGUUAUCAAGGUGGAGAGCAUUGACCUUUCCCUUAAAGCCAGCAGGGCAGGUGACAAUUUAGUAUUUGGCAUCAGGCCUGGUGAUCCAAACGUUGGGGAGAAGUUGGAUGCUGAUGGAUUGCCUUUUGUUGGGUCUAUCCUGCAGCCUGGGGACCCCUUCUACAGCUUCAUGAACCUCAACACAGGGGAGACCUUCACUGUGUACUAUCCAAGCAAGGAAGUGGGCAUUGUGGACAACGUUAGGCUGUGCAGCAACGACCGCGGCACUGGGAAGUUCAAGAAGGCUUGCAUCACUGUGAGGGUUCCCCGAAAUCCCACUAUCGGAGACAAAUUUGCCAGCCGUCAUGGACAGAAAGGUAUCCUGAGCCAGCUCUGGCCCGUCGAGGACAUGCCCUUCACAGAGAACGGGAUGGUUCCAGACAUCCUCUUCAACCCUCACGGCUUUCCCUCCCGCAUGACCAUUGGGAUGUUAAUUGAGAGCAUGGCGGGGAAGUCGGCAGCCCUGCAUGGGGUCUCCUACGAUGCCACUCCCUUCACCUUCACCGAGAAGAAGUCUGCUCUGAAAUACUUCGGUGAGACCUUAGCAAGCGCAGGCUACAACUUCUUUGGGACGGAGAAGAUGUACAGCGGCAUCAGUGGGGUGGAGCUGGAGGCAGAGAUCUUCGUGGGGGUGGUGUACUACCAGCGCCUGCGCCACAUGGUCUCCGACAAGUUCCAGGUGAGGACCACGGGUCCCCGAGAUGCUGUCACCAACCAGCCUGUCAAGGGGAGGAACGUGGAAGGCGGGAUCCGCUUUGGGGAGAUGGAGCGGGAUGCUCUGCUGGCCCACGGCACGUCCUUCCUGCUGCAGGACCGCCUGUUCAACUGCUCCGAUGGCUCCGUAGCCUACGUGUGCACAAGCUGCGGCAGCAUGACCUCCCCUGUGCUGGAGAAACUGUCCCACUCCUCUGUGACCAGCAGCAGGAGGUAUUCCUGCUCCGUCUGCAGCAAGGUAGAUGCCAUCGAGGUUGUCCCUGUGCCCCAUGUCUUCCACUACUUUGUGGCUGAGCUGGCGGCCAUGAACAUAAAAACCAAGCUCAGUGUGGAGUAGCUUGGUCCUUGGCAUGGUGACAGUGUAGGAGGGAGGAAGCACGUAUCAGGUCAUGUCCUUGUCCUUCAGUUUCAGGUAUUAAGUCAGUUCUCAGGUUCUUCAGAAGAAUUCAAGAUUAAUUUGAUGUUUGUAUUGCAACAGGGUCGUUGCCAAGCUGUAGGGUAAGGAAAGGUGGCUCUUUUGGUUUGUUUGGACUUCCUAAAGCAUCACCAGCUACUGAGAGGUGUAUGAAAAUCAGGCAAUAUUGCUGCUCUCCCCAAGCUCAAGCUGGGUUGAGAGGGAUGGGGUUCUUUGAGUGUGGACUGAAACUGUACUUUUGGAAGAGGUCAUAAAACAGCAUGAAGUGAAUGCUGGAAAUCACAAAAAAUUUUGGGUUUUUUUUUUUUUUUUUUUUUUGGAUAAAAUUAUUUGAAAAACACAUGGCUUAAUGAUGGUAGGUUUGUGUUAAAGUUAUUGUACAUGUUUUGUUUUUCUGUAUUUCAAUACAAUGUGCCUUGAAUCAUAAAGAGUCUCAAAGUCCUGCUGCGUGAAGCCACAGCCUUGAUUUGACUGCAAGUAACCAGGUGUGUCCUGGAAGCGUUCAGUGUCACCAAGCCGAGUGGGGCUGGGCUUUUGGGGUUUGUUUUGGUGCAUUUGGCUGAAGAAGAAAAAAGCAGAGGCAUUUCCAGCCUGGCUCGUCUAUGUUCAUCAUAGAUAUUUGUAGGACUGGGUAAGGGUUAGGGUUUGCUCCCUCUAAAUACACAGCAGCCGCCACCCCGAACAGUGCCUGGUGUCCUCCCUUUCCCUCUGCCCGCCCCGGGACCGCGGGGCAGAGGCUGUGCCCCGGCCACAGCCGUACCCUGCGGACGCACAGCUCUUGGGUAGUUUCUCCCGGGACUUGGCGGGCAGGGGACGGUGGGAGUGUUCCCCGGGGGCGA